AUGCUCAAUGAGUAGCAAUUAGGUUAAUAUUCUUGUUUUAUAAAACUUAGAAAUACGAUAGGACUAGUUUGGAAAUCGUUCUUAGAAUAAUUAUUAUUGCAUGAGAUAAUUCAAAAUCUAUAGCAGAAAUAUACUUAAAAAUAAAUUGUAAAAUAUCAAUUAAUAAAGAUUAUCAAAAUCAGAAGAAUCGACAAGUAGUUAGAUUUCAGAAUUGAAGAAUAUUUGUUUAAUAAAUAUAAAGCACAAAAUCCUUUUAGUCUCAUCAAAAAACCAUAAAAAAAUCAUUCUGGAAUAGAAGUUUAAAAUUAAACGAAAAAAAAAACUGCUGAUUACAAAGUAAUUAAAUUGUUAAUGUAUAUAAACAUUUUGUGGCGCUUAGAUUGA